GGGAGCAGAACAAGUACAUUUUAGUCCCCUUGACGUGACUAUCCUUCAUCGUGCGCGAAAGAAAAGCCUUGUGGAAAGCAUUCGACAAACGCGUUUUUUUUUGUGUGUGUGUUGUUCGUUCUUUGAAUGCCAUGAAAGGUGACUACAUUUUGGUAACGGGACUGCUGAUUGCUGCGCUCGCCAAUCUGCCGGAAAUCCAAUCUCAAGAAUGCGCAUUUUAUGGAGAAAACAUAAAGGAAAACCAAACUAAUGUGAACAUCACCGAAACUAUACCAAAAGACACAGUCAUCUUAAGUGUAACAACAUCUGCGGGAUACUUGAACUGCUCGGAUCUCUCUUCGAGUUCGUUGGAGUUUUCGAAAUAUAUAGGAUACAGACACACUCCGACUGCGACUGCAAACAAAACGCUGGAAUUGUUUAUGGCUCAAGCGAUUGGUGACGACCUUGACAACGGCGACUUAAAUAUUGCGGAGCAAAAAUAUGCAUUGCUGAUAGGCCAAUGCAAGCUCUACUGCCAACAAACCACCACCAGAUUAUCCGUUGCCGUGACUAUUGAACCCGAAAAUACCCAGACACCGAUAUUCAGCCAGAAUUCGGCCCAUUUGACUUUGGACGAAAACUAUCCCAUCGGAUUAGACUUUAGCGAUCUAUUGAUCGUUAAUGAGCAGCGGUUAAAAGUCUCUGAUAAGGACCUCCCUCUCGAAGAACUCACCUUUGAUGUUAGUGAUUCACGAUUCAAGGCAUUCCCGCCGACAUUUCGAUACUACAAUGAUUCCAAAAAUCAUUUACGUGUCGAGUACGAACCACGCAUUGCUGUUAAUCAGCCGUUGAACGCCGAAGAUAGUCCUAUCAUCUUUAAUUUAAUCGCCCAAAAUAACCAAACUGAAAGUCUCUUCCCGAUUACAAUCGACAUAUCUCCGAACGAUAUGCGCGACCCAGAGUUUGUAUGGCCAUACUACACUUCUACAAUUUCAAAUUCUCAAUUCACAGGAUUGCUGACAAUCAAGCAGGGAAAUAUUCUCGCAUUCGACGGUGACAGAAAAAUCAAUCAGACGAUCCGUUAUGAAAUUACCGACAAAGGUGGUCUCGAAGUACGUAUAAGGAACCAACAGCCAGGUAAAGGUGUUCCAAUAGAAAUAGAACUAACGCUGUCUGUGGAAGGCUCGGCAACCGACAAAAUGCGUUACGUCGUUAUUAAGGCGACACAAGUAGAUGACGUAAAUCGAUACGAAACCGUCGUUCUCGCCGUAGAGCUCCCGCAAACCGUAGUGACGACGCCAGUUCCAACAACCCAGCCAACUUGUCCUCCUUGCCCGACCUCCAGCACAGCCACCGUGCCAACGACGACCACGGCAAUACCAUGUACUACUCCAACCCCACCGACUUGUGCGCCCUGUUCAACGGUGACGACAAUCUCAACUACGUGCCCGACGUUCGAUCCCACUACAGAAUGUCCGACAAUCAGCACAACAGACUGUUCCGCUUCUUCGACAGAGGCUACCCAGACUACCCUGUAUACAAGCACGGCCUCAUCUACGUAUCCUAGCAGUUCUCCAGUUACGUCAACUACAACGGAAGCAGGAACGACAAGUUGCAGUUGCCCUACGUGUCCCGAUGAGACCGUAACGGCCUGUCCAACAACACAAUGCCCAACGCAUCCGACAGAAUGCCCAACAUGUCCGACAGCAACUACCUUAGAUUCAUCUUCAGCUUCUACAGAAAAUCCUUUGUCGACGGUAACUUCAAACCCAACGACUUACUCAGAACUGACGACUGAAAGUUCUUCGACAUGCGACUGUUCCACAACCCCGUCGACAGUUUCGCCUUCAUCCCCAGUGACUUGCCCCGAAUCAACGACUGCCAGUACUUCGACAUGCGACUGUUCCACCACCCCGUCAACAAGUUGCCCAGAAGCGACACCUACCAUUACUUUACCCUGCGAAUGUCCGACAGCAGUUACGUGCCCAACAACCUCUACGCCGACCCCAGGAAGUCCUACGGUGCAUUUCGACAAACAGCAAUACGCGUCCGAAUUGGUGGAAAACUCGCCCGCGCAAACUUUGGUUGUCAGUUUGAAUGCCGAGAGCAGCUCGAUGGACGAACAACCGGCAUACAGCUUCGCGGAAAGUUACGACGCCACGUAUUUCAGUGUCGAUUCCAAAACGGGAGUUGUCACCACCGCACGAUCUCUACCAAUUGGCGAUUAUACUUUGGAGGCCAUUGCCGAAAUUCGUAGUGGUGCCAAAGAUUAUACUCGGAUCGUCGUCUCAUCGGUCAUGGGAACCUUGUGCAACGGAACCCAGUUCAGCUCACCUCUGUACGAAUUUCCUGUUGCUGAGCGAACAACCGGAAUCGUUGGUCAAGUAGAACUGCGAUCGACCGAGGACACCGUGUACGAUUUGACUAUCACAUCAUGCAACCCGCCGUCCAUGAUCGGUGACUUUGACGUGAAGCCAAAUGGAACACUGGUCGUACUUAGGCCAUUCGGUUGGACAGCCACGCUUCUGAAAAUUACGAUCACAAUCACAGCCACAGGCCAACGCAAUGUGAGACUAUCGCCGAUUUCGACAAUAGUCAAUCUCGAUGUUUUGGAUAUCAACGAAGCACCCGAAUUCGUUGGCUAUGGUACUUCUGUGGUGGUUGGCUACCCAGAGCGCACCUACUUUGAUCCUUCAGUUCAAAUGCCACUCUACACAGUUAAGGCAUUCGAUCCCGACAGCCAAGAAAACGCUAGUCUGACUUAUCAUUUGGCCAACGAAUUCGAAUAUUUCGAUAUCGAUGUGCUGACUGGGUCAUUGUUUGUCAGAGGUCUCGACAGCUUGGAUUCGACUUCUAGCCGCACGGUUCAAGUCCUCGCCAGAGAUAAGCACGGCUUGCAGGACAGCCUAAGCAUAACUGUGAAAUCUUUGGGUGAAGAUUUCAUCGCAUUCAUGAAAGCUAAAAGCGACACCGACGUCUUGACGGCAGACACGGUCGCUAGCGAUUUGAGCCGCAUUUUAGGCUAUCAGACGGUCGUUUUGCGCAUUGAAAAGGGUCCGGAUUCCGGCGCUAGUGUCCGACAACUACCUAAUGGUUACGCCUACAGCAUAACUUUUUACGCUGUAAACCACACGGCAUUCAUCGCGAGGGAAGAAAUUGUUAAGAAAUUGGAUCAAGCCAAUACUAAUGGCUUGAGUUGGACCAUCGAAGGAAGUUUAGCCGCACCACUAGAAUAUGAAGUUGACACUCUUGUUGACAACUUAACUGCGGAAAUGCAAGGUUACGAAAUCGCCACUAUUGUCUUGUCAACAUUAUUUGGAGUGACACUCCUCCUUAUUGUAGCGUACAUCAUUUACACCAGAAAAUUCGAAACGAAACGUCCCUGGAGCAAAGCUGUCCACGCCGCGUCUCUGGAAAUAGACAAGAAACACUGGGAUCAGCGCUCAUUCGCCCAGUCGAGUGGGAUGGAUGACGAGCAAAUAUUGGAGCCGGAAAUCGGUAGCUUUAACAGCUCACUGUCCGGAUUAAGCAACGGAGGAGCGAGACCAUCACCUACCAUUCGCUUCGUCACGGGAAAAACAUUUGACAACGACGUUGAACAAGCGCAAUCACCUACAGAAGAAGAGGCCUAUUGCCCUCCAACCCCCCUUCCGAAGAAAAGCAUUUUAAAAGAUUCAAAUGCCACGGACAAGAACAACAAACAGAGGACGGACGGCGAUAGCAAGUUAGAGGACACUAGUGUUGGCGUCAAGUUCAACUCGACUCCGGAAGUGAUUGAAGUGGCUGCCACCUCGUCUGGCCCUCCAUCGCAAGGGAUAGAUUUGUCUACCGAGAGUAAUGACGCCGUUGACGACGACAACGAUUUACUGAUUGAGGAAUUCUAAAUCCUGUAAAAUAUGACUAUAAUGAAUUUUUAACGUUUUCUACUGUAAUCGUUGACUAUGUUAUACGUGCGUUAUGUUAUUGGGUGGUCUUAGAUCUUUCCGAUUUUCGUAGACAAGUUACGUCAUUACUACUAUUGUUACAGCAUCAUUUUUUACUCGAUAUGAACUAUAUCUUUUACGGGAUAAUUAUACUUACAUAGCAGAGAGACAAGCUACUGGGAACAGAGCCGCAGAACCUUUGUCAAUUUGCCGCCAUAUAUGUGAAUUUAAUCAAAUAAAAUAUGCCGAUUAAUAACCGUGACUGCCUAACUAUGGCAAAUGAACGUGACGUUACUUGGCAACACGAAUUUUAUUGCAUGACUGCGGCACAACUAACAGGAGGAUGAAAGGAAAAUGAGCUUCAGUCAUGUCAAGGCUGUACUGCCCAUUCCGGCAUUAUUAUGUCUGUAGAUUGUGCAAUGAAUUUCGCAACACUGUUCGAGUGAGAAUACAUUUUCGGCAAGUUACA